UAUGAAUCUAAAUUCGUCCUGAAUCGCACAAGAUAUACUCCGUACCUUUCAUCUAAAAGGUGUCCAGAAGUCCAACACUCCAAAUAAGCCAUCCUCCACUUCGACGCCUCCUUCACCGUUUCAAUGACAAAUUUUCUUUAAUUAAUCUGACCAGGUCGGAAGAAAAUCUGCCAUUCUCCUUAAAUCCCCCCGGAAACGUUCUAGUGUUUCCAACGGGAAACGGAAUUACACCCGGUAAACCUGUCGGUCCUUUCACUCAUCGUCUUCAGGCUUCAGCAUUGCGACCUUACAGUUCAAUCGCUCAGCGUCUUCGAGCUUCAGGCUGCAGUUCAAUCGCUCCAGGAGCUCAGGGCAAAAAAAGGAAUGGCAGGUAAAAGUGAAGUGAUAGAACACAAGGCGUACGCAAGAGUUGGUUUUUUAGGAAACCCAAGCGAUGUGUAUUACGGGAAUACCAUCUCCUUCAGCCUUGGCAAUUUCUGGGCUUCUGUGCAACUCGAGCCUUCGCCGGAGUUGCUCAUCUCCCCUCAUCCCACUCACGAUCUCGUCCAGUUUGAUUCCCUCUACCACAUGGUGAACCGGUUGCAAAGUGAAGGUUAUUAUGGAGGAGUCCGAUUGUUGAUGGCAAUUUGUAAGGUGUUUUACAAUUAUUGCAAGGAUAAUAGCAUCAGUCUACAUAAAGAAAAUUUCAAGCUCUCGUAUGAUACUAACAUUCCCCGGCAGACAGGUCUUUCAGGAUCUAGUGCUAUUGUGUGUGCUGCCCUAAGUUGCCUCCUUGACUUUUACAAUGUUAGACAUCUGGUUAAAGUUGAGGUCAGACCAAACCUCAUCCUCAAUGCAGAGAAAGAACUUGGUAUUGUGGCCGGUUUACAGGAUAGGGUAGCUCAGGUCUAUGGAGGUGUUGUUUAUAUGGAUUUUGGUAAAAAGCAUAUGGAUGAGUUAGGUCAUGGAGUGUAUACACCCAUGGAUAUCAAUCUUCUCCCUCCCCUGCAUCUAAUCUAUGCUGAGAAUCCCAGUGAUUCUGGAAAGGUGCACAGUUCAGUUCGCCGGAUGUGGUUAGAUGGGGAUAAGUUCAUAAUAUCUUCAAUGGAAGAGGUUGCAAAAAUAGCUGUGGAAGGAAGGAAAGCAUUGCUUGAAAAGGACUAUGCUAAGGUCGCAGAGCUCAUGAACAAAAACUUUGACCUAAGAAGGAAAAUGUUCGGGGACGAGUGUCUUGGUGAGUUGAACAUAGAGAUGGUCGAAGUCGUUCGAAGAGCGGGUGGGGCAUCAAAAUUUACAGGAAGUGGAGGUGCUGUAGUUGCAUUCUGUCCAGAUGGGCCAGCCCAAGUGAAGAAGCUCCAGAAGGAAUGCUUGAAAUCUGGUUUUAUCAUGCAACCCAUUAAAGUCAUGCCUUCAUUUCUUAAUGAUAUUGAUCUUCUGACUCUGCAGUCCAAAUAAGCUAUCUAUCCCAGAUUUCUUGAUUGUUUUUAUCUUUUCUCCAUAUAUUUUUUGGACUCUCAGAAUAAAUGGCUUGCACAUCAGAGCAAGCCGAACCGUUUGUGGUUCUCCAUUUGUACAUUUAGUUUGAAUGUUUUACAAAGCAUUAUUUAAGCAUCACUGAGAACACAAUAAAUAUUAAGUUGAGGUUCAUAUAUAUUGGUCAAGUUCAGGUGCAAACUGAAAAACAUACAGCAAGCUAGAAACUUCACUAUCCC